GUUUCCCCACUUGAACUUGGAAUCAGCAGAAGCCACCCUUGCUUCAGUGGGCAUCUCGACUGGGCCCUUCCGGGGCUUGGCGACCUUCGCGCGUCAUUUACAUGGAAACACUCUUUCCCAUCCCUCCCCUGCAACUAGUCAGGGGAAGGUGUGAUUUGUUCUUGAUGAGCACGGGCCGAACCUUGAAUGAAGGAACCGGAUCUUGUCUGGUCCGUGGCUGGCGUCUUCCGCCAAUUCUCAACCCGAUAUAAACAGCAGCUCUGCAUGGAGGAGGUAAAGUCCAUUUCACAUAAGAAAUUCCCCGUUGAUAAUGAAGCAUCUAACAUGUGCGGUUCCCUGUCCUGAAUAAUUCUGCGCGGAAUCCCGCUGGACGAGCUAGGGUAGAAAGCUUGAAUGAUUUUGGAUAGGUCACUUCCAUGGAAGUAUUAUCCGGACUGGAGGCUAUAAAGUCUUUGCUUGUUACAAUGGCUCCCAUUAACGAAAACAGAGCUCUCGCUGACUCCGGCGUCAACCAGAACGCCCUCAAUGUACCGCCCGAUCUCGAAUCAAUCAUGCCCCCUGGGAUCGAGGAUAAACUGAAGUCGUCUCUGAAUGAGGCUAGGGAGCGCCACAGGCAGCGGUUUAACGAGCAGUACCAUACUGGGCGCUUUAUCGGUUUGUGUUCCGCAGAUGGUGAGAUAUAUGCCCAGCAUACAGCGUCAGUACAAGCGAUCCUGCGCUGUACCCCACCUAUGAAAAUCCCAAAGAAUACGGUUUACCUAAGUCCAUUCGGAGACGGUUACAGAGUGUUCGAGUAUCAGGAACAAAUGGCUCUGAACAUCAAAGAUUUGGAGGCACGUUCAGCGUGCCACAGCGCUGUCCAGCAAAUGAAAAAAUACAUAGAAGAUCUCAAGCUAUCCGAGGCCGCGCGCAGGGAAUGCCUAUUCCGGUUACGGACGAGUUUCCUCGGCGAAAUGAAGAAGUGGAGUGAUGAUCGAAGUCUCUUAUAUGUGCCGACGAGGGAGGAAACCAUCAGGGAUUUCUGUAGGUUGAUCCGAGAGAGGGUCGAGGACGGAGAUCAGGUCGCCGAGAACUUUGAAAGAGAGGCUCGGGGGAUUUAACGGCAGUAUUACGCCAUGUCAUGGUGAUGAAUGCUUGGGAACCAUAUGGUAGGAGUGAGACGUGGAGAGGGAGACUGCCA